AUGGGUGGGAACGUGAGCAGUUUCUCAGAUAAUCAGGCUCUCGUCGAUAGUCUCAAAGAAUCAUGCGAGAUUCCUCCAGAAGUUGAGCGCGUGUUUAGGCUCGUGGACCGUGGACACUAUGCAAUUGAGCCUAAGGAGCAAAUAUAUAGUGACUCUGCUUGGAGAGUUGAUAAACUGCAUCUUUCGGCUCCUGGAAUCUACGCUACUGUCCUCCGCGAACUCGACAUUCAACCUGGACAGUCUGUUCUUAAUAUUGGCAGCGGAACUGGGUACCUCAGCACAAUGUUUGGACUAAUGCUCGGCUCCAAUAGCAUCAACCAUGGUAUCGAACUCCAUGAGUCUAAUGUGGCCUUUGCUCAAGAACGUCUAACUAAAUUUCUGGCUAGUGAUGCCGUUUACGAACGUGACUUUUGUGAGCCCCACUUCACCGUCGGCAAUAUUUUUACCGUUGUUCCACCCUCUGCAACCUCCACACGAGUCGUCAAUGCCGAAUCUUCUGGUGAUUUCGAUUCAGAGGGGUCCUCUCUCGAUGAGUACAUCCACCAAUCUCUCCUUUCCCCAAACCUGAAUAUUGAACCGCCUCCCCUAAUUAAACGUGAAUCUACUGAUGAUGAAAAUUAUGAGGUGGAAUUCUGGCCUACUUAUGACCGGAUUUACGUUGGUUCCAUGAUCUCAUCACCGGCACAGUUGGAAGCUAUCUUACGACUUCUCAAUGUUGGUGGACGACUUAUUGCACCUAUUUACGACCAACUUCACAAAAUUGACCGUGUCUCCAACAACAAGGUGAAUGAUACAGUUCUCAUCAGUGUCAGCUUCAUGAGCCUUGCUUCAUCAUCUGAAACUGAUCCCAAGGUUAUUCCUCCACCAAAACGUACGGUAGAGCGGCUGGAGCGUCUCGCCUGUCGACGAUUACGUCAGCAGCUGCGGCAGGUUAUACUGCAACGAGCUGGCAAUCUCCCUGAUUUGGGUCGAUUUGUUCGAGUUCGUGAGUCUUCCCCCUCAUUCCCUUCUUCCUUAUCUCCCCCCUCCGAUUCUGUCUCCCACCAAAGCCAUCACAGCGAUGAAAGUCAGAGCGGAGGGACCUCCUCAUCUACCAGUACCAUUACUUCGUCGGCAUCUUCAUCCUCAUCUUCCUCGUGGCUGUCCUCCUCUCCUCGCCCUUCUGCUCCCUCUACCCCACCACAACAACAGGAUAUGCCUGAACUCCCCCCAAUCCACGUCAACGUUAUUGUUCCCGGAUCAAGGGCGAUAGGGCAACAGAUCGAUUUGGUGGAGUUUAUCUCACGAAACAUCCUCAGAUGUCAUAUGCUGCAAGCGAGGAAUCGUCAUCGGAACGUAGAACAGUCCAUCGACAAUAGGGAUGAGGAAGAGGCAGAAGCUAAUGAGGAGGAGGAAGAAGAAUCAAUGGAUGACCCUGCAGACAGUGUUGAAGCAGGUGAGGAUGCAAGGCGACGGAAACGACGGAAGAGGAAGAGGAGGAGGCGAGAGGAUGUACAGCAGGAGGCAGGAGAUAUGGCUACGGAACAUCUAGAUGACGAGGCCGAGGAAAAUCACGGAGAACGUCGACGUCGAGGUAGGCGAGGACGAGAGGUAACGUGGCAAUCGCAGUCAUACACUUUUCGGGAGAAGAUGCAUCAGUUGAUGGAGGAGGAGUUGGCCCUGCCUUCCUAUACCACUGAUCUCGUUCUCCGCGUCAUCUGA